CCCUCCUGCCUCUCAGUCCUCCCAUAUAGUAGGCUGUCUCCACCGUCCCCAGCUCCUCACUCUAGGCGCGUAAAAAUUCUAGGUCUCUUGGCUUGAGUGGUAGGAACUGUCGGUCUUAUUUUAGUGACAUGUUUUAGUCUUUUAGCACUUGCAAACAAUUCGUCUUGAAUAUUCAUCCUGGUCUUUACAAGAACUAAAUGUGUUUCUGCACUGGGGAAUUUGAUGGCGCAAUUAAAAUAGUGAUGAACCAGCUGUGAAAUUGAAGAGGAGAACCAAAUGGGAUGCGUUUAUCCGGACCCGUUUCAUUAAUUGUUUAGGGGUAUUAUAUUGUUCUAUUAAUGUUACAAACGAUUCACGACGAAAUGGACUCACCAAAACAAAACGAGACUUUGGCACUCUUUGGAUGUUUGAUGGAGCAAAACGACAAGUCUCUUAACUGGACCGCAAACGUCAGUCUGGAUGUCAACAGCAAUAUAACCACCUGUGGGGACGCUUCCUUGGCUCCCAAAGCAGCACAGCCGCGUCAAAAAGAGAUGGAGUCCGUGCGAAUCCUGCUCUACAGCCUCAUCUUCCUGGUCAGCGUGUUUGGCAACCUGCUCAUCAUCGUGGUGCUGAUGGUGAACAAGCGCAUGCGUACCGUCACCAACUCCUUCCUGCUCUCCCUGGCUGUCAGCGACCUCAUGAUGGCCAUUUUCUGCAUGCCCUUCACCCUCAUCCCCACCCUGCUCAAGGACUUCAUCUUCGGGGCGGCCAUGUGCAAAAUCGUCAGCUACCUCAUGGGCGUCUCCGUCAGCAUCUCCACCUUCAGCCUGGUCGCCAUAGCGAUCGAGAGGUACAACGCCAUCUGCAACCCGCUCAAGUCGCGGGCAUGGCAGACGCGAUCGCACGCCUACAAGGUGAUCGCCGCCACCUGGGUCGUGUCCUUCAUCAUCAUGACCCCGUACCCGAUCUUCACCACCCUGCUGGAGAUCACCAAGCCGGACAACAGCACCGUGCGCAUGUGCCGCCACGAGUGGCCCAAGAGCGGGGGGGAGCAGACCUGGUCCAUCCUCCUGCUCUUCGUCCUGUUCUUCAUCCCAGGAGUGGUCAUGAGCGUCGCGUACGGCUUAAUUUCCCGAGAGCUCUACCGCGGCAUGCAGUUCGAGCUGGAACAGAAGACGGGCCAGUGUGGCAUUAAAAAUGGCGUAAGUACCACUGCCACCACCACCAGCACCACCACCACCCCCACUGGCAAUGAUGACGGUGAUGGCUGCUACAUCCAGGUGUCCAAGCGGCCCAACACCAUGGAGAUGUCUGCCCUGACCCCGGCCUCAGGCUUGGCCAAGGUGGAGCGCCCGCGCAGCAACACGUCAGAGGCCAACCUGCUGGCCAAGAAGCGCGUCAUCCGCAUGCUCAUCGUCAUCGUGGCCAUGUUCUUCGUCUGCUGGAUGCCCCUGUACACCGUCAACACGUGGAAGGCCUUCGACCAGCCCUCGGCGCGCAACGCCCUCUCCGGCGCGCCCAUCUCCUACAUCCACCUGCUCUCCUACACCUCGGCCUGCGUCAACCCCGUCAUCUACUGCUUCAUGAACAAGCGCUUCCGCAAGGCGCUGCUGGCCACCUUCUCCUGCUGCUGCCGGCCCUGCCGCCGACACAGGGCCCGGAGGGCGGGCGCCGGGGGCCUCGGGGAGGAGGACGGCACUGCCACAGGGGUGUCCAUGUCCAAGUUCACCUACUCCACCGUCAGCAGCAUGGGGCCAUGCUGAAUGGCAACUUUACAGCCUCUUACCCCCCCCCCCCACAUAUAUACACACAGAGCUGCAACAUCAGGCUAUAAAUCAGGGGUGGGCUGGAUCAGUUGGAUGUGGUAUAUGGUGAGCGGUGAAUGGUAGACUGAGCUUAUAGGGACUAGACUGGGGGAUGACAUCUGGGGUUUGAUUUAGUUAUCAUAAGGCCGGUUGAGUUAGGAAUACAAAUGUCUGUGGUGUAAAUUACCCUUAUUCCCAGUCCUCUUUUCUUUUUUUUUUUUUUUGCAUUUUACAGGUACAGGUAUCAUCGCAACCAUGGGGAAUGGAACUUCAUCGGCAAAUUGUGAUGGGUAACUGUGUCUUUGAAAACUAACAAAAGAGGAGGACUGGUAAAAGGGUACAGUACAAGCAUCUGUCCUAUUUUGUACAGUGUGAUACUUAUAUGUCUUCAAAUAGACCUACUGGUGAAUCAUUUUGCUCGUUUGGUGAAUAAUGUCGCAGCAGCGUUUGAAAAAGCUAUGGCUACCCGUACCGUAUGUUUUGAUUGUUACCUGUUACUUGUGGCGAUGUACUAUAGCAUAUACUUUUUAAGUGCUGAAAGCAUUUCUGUGACGUGGCCUCCAAGUGCUUGCUAUGAACUCUUCUUUUGUCACUGAUCUGUGGCAUUAGACUCUUUGAGCAGGUGGAAUGUACUGCCUGUCUGUGUCGGUGUCAAUAAGAAUCAUAUGGAUAUACCUUCACUCAUGACUCAGCAGUUCUUGAGGGGUCCAUACUCUGAGAGGCAAAGCACCAUUGUUUUUCUCAGUAUGUCUUUCUCAGCCAAAAUGAAGUUCCAUGAAUUUUAAUAAGUGCU